AUGGUCAAAUUAACUUCAAUUGCUGCCGGUGUUGCUGCUAUCGCUGCCGGUGUUGCCGCUGCCCCAGCCACCACCACUUUAUCUCCAUCUGACGAAAGAGUGAAUUUGGUCGAAUUAGGUGUCUACGUCUCUGAUAUCAGAGCUCACUUGGCGCAAUACUACUUGUUCCAAGCCGCCCACCCAACUGAAACAUACCCAGUCGAAGUUGCUGAAGCUGUCUUCAACUACGGUGAUUUUACCACCAUGUUGACUGGUGUUGCCCCAGACCAAGUGACCAGAAUGAUCACUGGUGUCCCAUGGUACUCUACCAGAUUGAGACCAGCGAUCUCUAGUGCCCUAUCCAAGGACGGUAUUUAUACUGCCGUUCCAAAUUAG